CGCACAAGUCGCCUGAGUAAAAGCCCCUCGGAAAUACGUCAUGACAGUGCGCCUGCGCCAUGCGUGCGUUCCAGCUUGUCAGUGGGCUCUGUAUGAUUUGGUUUCCCGCUCCCCCGGAAGUGCCAAGCAGGAGUGCUGAGAGAAGAGUAAAGAAUUGACCACUAUGAGUGGCUUAAACUUUGGUGCUGCCUCUGCUGGAGGAUUUAGCUUUGGGACACCAAAAACCAAUACUACAACUGCUACAACUGGCUUUUCCUUUGGUGCAACAACUGCAGCCCCUUCUGGUGGUUUCAAUUUCGGCACAGCCACACAGACUCCUGCUUCCACCACAGGCCAAGCAACUGGACUUUUUUCUUUCUCCACUCCAGCCUCUUCUGCAGCACCAACAUCUGGGUUCAGCUUUGGUGCACAAGUAACAUCUACUCCAGCACCUGCCUCAGGUGGUCUUACCUUUGGUGCAAACACGCCCAAACUGAAUUUAGGAUUAGGAAAUCAGCCUGCUGCUGCCACCGCUCAAACAUCCCAACCCUUGGGAGGUUUCUCAUUUGGAAAUGCACCAGUACAGACACAACCAUCUACCACCAGUGUUGGGGGCUUCGCAUUUGCUGGUGGAGUUGGUUCUACAGCUACAAAUGCCUUUGCACAACCUGCAGCUCCCACGGGCAUCACCUUUGCAGCAGCAGUUUCAACAGCUGCAGCACCAAUAACCACAUCUCAGCCUGCCAGUACCUUUAGCUUUGGAACCCAGCCACAAGCAGCCCCUGGUUUGAACUUUGGUUUAUUGUCAUCGACUCAGUCUGCUGUUCCUUCCACUGCUUCUACUCCAGCUGCCUCGCAGUCGGUAGCACCAACACCUGGGCUUAGCCUUACAUCAUUGGGCAAACCAGCAGACCCAUCUGCAGCAAUGGUAUCCACAGGAACCGCCACAACAGCCACACCUUCCCUUUCUUCCCUUCUGGGGACAUCUGGGCCCUCUCUCUUCUCUUCUUUGGCUACUUCAACUGCUGCAGCUGUUGUGACGACAACAACAACAGCAGCAGCAAGUGGACUGUCAUUGAGUUCGACUACAGCAGGCACGGGUUUUGGAAUGAAGAUUUUGCCAAGCAGUGCUGCACCAACAGGAACAUUGCCUACCAGCACAGCCUCUCUUGGUAUGAGAACUCCACUUUCUGGAACCACAGUUCAGGCUAAUGUUGUCAGUUCUGCUGCAGCUGCAGGAGUCGGUACUGCUGCAACAAUGACUUAUGCUCAGCUAGAAAAUCUGAUUAAUAAGUGGAGUUUGGAAUUGGAAGAUCAAGAAAAACACUUUCUGCAACAAGCAACUCAGGUCAACGCAUGGGACAGAACUCUUAUGCAGAAUGGAGAACGGAUCACCACUUUACACAGAGAAAUGGAAAAAGUUAAACUGGACCAGAAAAGGUUGGAUCAGGAACUGGACUUCAUCUUGUCACAGCAAAAAGAACUGGAGGACCUUCUGACUCCUCUGGAGGAAUCUGUGAAAGAGCAGAGCGGAACCAUUUACCUCCAGCAUGCAGAUGAAGAGAGAGAGAAAACGUACAAGCUGGCAGAAAACAUUGAUGCCCAGCUGAAGCGCAUGGCCCAGGAUCUAAAGGAGGUUAUAGAGCAUCUGAACACAUCAGCUGGGCCAGGGGAUGCUGGAAACCCGCUCCAGCAGAUAUGCAAGAUUCUCAAUGCCCACAUGGACUCUUUACAGUGGAUUGAUCAGAACAGUGCUCUUCUUCAGAGGAAGGUUGAGCAGGUAACAAAAGAGUGUGAAAGCCGAAGGAAGGAACAGGAGCGUGGAUUUUCCAUAGCAUUUGAUUAAAGCAAAUGGAUGUUCCAUACAAAUUGAGAAUUCUGUUUUGUUGACUUUUUUUUGUAUUCUACCCAUCUUCGAUUCAUUGUUUAAAUAAAAUAUAAUUUUUGUUGUUUUCAAUCUAA